AUGUCCCUCGGGAACUUCUUGGCUGAUGAGAGCCUUGGUUCUUGGGCCGACGAGAUGGAGGAUAUGCCCCUCCCAUCCGCUCCUGCAACCUCCAGCUUUGGUGCCAGCCGCCCCUCCGGCGGCAUGGGCUACGGUGGCAGUGGCGGUUUCUCCGACCGUAUUGAGCGCGGUGGAUAUUCCAUUCGCGAGCCUCUCGACCUCCCCACCGAGCCUCCCUUCACCUGCCACGUCGGCAACCUGUCAUUCGAAGCUACUGCCGAUGAUAUCUCCGAUCUUUUCUCUGGAUGCGGUGUCACCAAUGUCCGAAUUGUGGAUGACAAGUUGACCAAGGCCCCGAAGGGUUUCGGCUAUGUUGAGUUCGAGACCGUUGAGGGUCUGCAGAAGGCCCUGGAUCUCUCUGGCACUUCCCUCCAGGGACGUACUAUCCGCACUAGCGUCGCAGAGCCUCCCAAGGAGUCCCGCUUUGAAGCCCGUGAUGUCGACUGGACCCGCCGCGGUCCCCUUCCCGGCCCGCCUGAGCGCCGCGUGCCUGAGCGUUCCAGCUUUGGCCGCAGCAUGGAUGCCGCUUCCGAUGCUGGCAGCGACCGUGGAGGCCGUCGUAGCAACUUUGAGAGUGACGGCAAGUUCCGUGACUUUGGCAACUGGGAGCGCAAGGGCCCCCUUUCUCCCUCCGCUGGCCCCGCUCGUGAGGGUGGUCGUCCUCGCGAAAACGAUGGCCCUGGAUCUUCUGGCUUCCGCAGAGCCUCCCCCGCCUGGGGUGAGGGUCGUUCCCAGGAUGAUGGAUCGCGUCCCCCGCGCCCGGAGCGCACUCCUCCCGCCCCUACCGCUGCUGAUAUGGACAACCAGUGGCGCGCUAGAAUGCGCCCCGACCAGGCCAACGAGGCCAGCAACACUGACCCUGCUGCUACCCCUGCUACUCGUCCCAAGCUGAACCUGGCCAAGCGCACUGUCGCUGAUGCACCCACCGGACCCACCUCUGGCAGUGACUCCAAGGCUAGCCCUUUCGGUGCCGCUCGCCCGAUCGACACUGCUACUCGUGAGCGCGAGGUGGAGCAGAAGCGUCAGCUUGCUGUUCGCCAGAAGAAGGAGAGCGAUGAGAAGGUCAAGACCGAGAAAGCAGAGAAGGCCAAGGCCAAGACCCCCGGUACCGAUUCUAACAAGGAUGGCGUCGACACCCCCCAGGGAGCCAAGAACUUCGAGAUUCUGCGACGAGCUGAUGGUGAAGAGGGCGUGCUUGCUGAUGAGGAAGCCACUGAGAAGACCCCUGCUGCUGCCCCGGCUACCGAGGAGGCUCCCAAGGAGUCCGCCAACGGCAACUGGAGGGCCGCCGAGGCUCCCGCUCCCACCGCUCCCACUGCUCCCACUGCUCCCACUGCUCCCACCGCUCCCACCGCCGCCGCUCCCGCCAAAGAAGACGAUGGAUGGAGCACCGUUGGCACGAAGCAGCGCAGCAACCGUCGUGGCCAGGCUGGUCGUGCAUAG